AUGGAACACAGUCCCCGCGAUACCAGUGGAAGUGGAAGUGAAAGCGAUGAGAUGUCCAUAAGCCCAGACCACCGCCUCUCGGAAGUAGAGCCCGUACGCUCAAAUCUUGCCGAUCGCCGCGAGAGCACUCUCAAUGGAGUCGAGUUAGAGCGCAUCAACACCUACCGACUUCAGCAUCGCUCCACCGUCGGCUCGGGAAUUGGCAUUACUCCGCGCGAACAAUGGCUACCACUCGGUGCUGGAAAGCCAUAUCCUCCAGACUUACCAGAUCCAGAGCAAUAUGUCGUUGAGUUUACCGAUGCGCAGGAUCCUCUACAUCCCCAGAAUUGGUCACUAAAGCGAAAAGUCGGGAUAUCAGUUGUACUCGCCUAUACAACCUUCGUUUCCUCUUUUGCCAGCGCCAUCUACUCUUCUGCUGUGGGGCAGAUUAGUCCGCAUUUUCAUAUCUCUACUGAGGUGGGAAUCUUAGGCGUCACUCUAUAUGUUCUAGGGUUUGCUUCCGGGCCCACCGUCUGGGCACCCGCCAGUGAGCUUCUUGGACGAAAAUGGCCAAUCUGUGUUGGCAUGUUUGGAUAUUCCAUUUUCACGAUUGGCACUGCGACUAGCAAGGAUGUUCAGACUUUAAUGCUGACUCGAUUCUUUGCGGGAUUCUUUUCUGCCAGUCCCAUUGCCAUUGUGCCCGCUGUGUUUGCCGAUAUCUACAACAACCAAACUCGAGGAGUUGCCAUCGCGAUGUUCGCAAUGGCAGUCUUCGUGGGACCAUUUUUAUCGCCGCUUAUUGGUGGAUUCAUCACAAUGUCUUACUUGGGAUGGAGAUGGACUAUGUACAUUGCAUCGAUCAUGGGGUGGCUGGCUACGGGACUUUGUGUCUUGUUUUUGAAAGAAACAUAUGCACCUGCCGUCCUUGUCGAAAAAGCCGCGACUUUGAGACGCCAGACACAUAAUUGGGGCAUUCGAGCCAGGCAAGAAGAGAUUGAACUUGAUUGGGGAGAGUUGAUCACCAACAACUUCAGCCGCCCCUUUCGGAUGCUGUUCACAGAACCAAUUGUCUUUCUGAUAUCCUUGUGGAUGAGUUUUGUGUAUGGACUGAUGUACGCGCUACUGGGUGCAUAUCCCGUUGUUUUCCAGGGAAUCCACGGCAUGAAUCUGGGAGUUGGAAGUCUUCCAUUCCUUGCAUUGAUCAUUGGAGAAUUUCUCGGCGGUGUCUACAUUCUGUGGGACCAGAGGGAGUAUAGCAAGAAACUUGCUGCCAACAACAAUAUCCCAAUUCCAGAAUGGAGAUUGCCCCCUGCGAUACUCGGGGGAGCCUGCUUCUGUAUUGGCUUAUUCUGGUAUGGAUGGACUGGAUGGACCGAUUCGAUUCAUUGGAUGGCUCCAACUGCCAGCGGACUCGUGACUGGUUUUGGUAUCUACGUGAUCUUCUUGCAAUGUUUCAAUUACUUGAUUGACUCAUACUUGACCUUCGCGGCAUCUGUCUUCGCUGCCAACACUAUUAUCCGAUCAGCUGUCGGAGCCGCGUUCCCUCUGUUUUCAAAACAGAUGUUUGUCAAUUUGGGCGUGCAGUGGGCCGGUACUCUACUUGGCUGUCUCGCGCUUAUCAUGGUCCCAAUUCCUCUUGCAUUCAUCAAAUGGGGACCAUCCUUACGCAAAAGGUCGAAAUUCGCUCCAAUGCUGGAUUUCCAACCGACCAAGAGCUCGGAGAAAGGCUCAGAGUCUGUUUAA